CCCGCGCACCAUCGCCAGCCAUAACAAAAUAUGGCGUCUGCAGAGACACAGCCACGGUUCGGCCAGUCUGUCAAAGGCUUGUUAUCCGACAAAGUGGGCUCCUGCAGCGGGGACGUGAUCGCUCUGACCCGCCAGGUGCUGAAAGGAUCCCGCAGUCAAGAGCUUCUUGGUCAAGCAGCAAGAAAUAUGGUCAUUCAGGAGGAUGCCAUCCUGCACUCUGAGGAUAGUCUGAGGAAAAUGUCCAUCAUCACCACACAUUUACAGUACCAGCAGGAGGCCAUCCAGAAGAAUGUGGAGCACUCUAAAAACCUGCAGGACCAGCUGAGACACCUGCUCAAGUGAUGGAGCAGCAGAGGACACCUGCGCUUCAGGAGGAUCCCCGAUAACCAACACUGUCUAAGCAGGAGGGUUUGACGUUAAUAAUCUGCCAUAUUUCUACAUCGUAACACACUGCUGGUCAGUGCUGCUGGGACAGGAAGUGAUGCGCUGCUCCGACACACAAGCGCUGUGCGCCGGAAUUGCUCUGAAAUUUAAGGACCUUGGAAACUUUUUUUUACUGAGUUAUGUAAUACGUGUUGAUGAAUUAAUCAUUAUUUCAACCAAGACCCAUAACCGAUAAUUUCCAGCUUCUCGUGGCCGAUAAGAUACUGAUAAUUUCUUUUUGUUUGUUUUUCCAUUACCUGGGGGUAUGAAAGGCUGAGAUGUAGUGAGUACAGAUCAAUUUAACAUUAUAGCUCUGACCUAACCAAAUAUAACUGACAUCACUGCAGUUAACACAACAAGAACAACAACAGUUCUGACUCUUAAAUGGACACUUUGGUUUCAAAUGAAAUUCUCUGACAAUCUGUCAAAUCAGAGUAACUGUAAAUUGUAUCACUCAAUAAAAAUAUAAAAGCUUUUAUACAA